CUCACACGAUGCGGUUGUGUGAAAGUGAGCAGCACCUCCUCCUUUGUGUGUCUCCCCCAACUCCACCAUGGCGAGAUGCGCUUGCAUCCCCUUUGCCUUCUGCUGUGACUGUAAGCUUCCUGAGGACUCAGCCACGCUUCCAGCACAGGCUGAGGAGCUGUGAGUCGGUGAAACCCCUUUUCUUAUCAAUUACACAGUCUCAGUAGUUCCUUAUAGCAGUGGGAGGACGGACGCCUGCAAACAGAGACGGAGACAAGCGGUGUUUGCACUGGGCCUGGGGCUCGCUGGUAAGAACUGGGGCCCUGGCUGUCAUUGUUCACACUGCGUUAUCAGCAGGAUCACCCCAAUACAGCUGGGGGAGGCGCGGAGACACUUCUCUGCAGACUUUGGUAUUUGUCAAAACCUAAAAUAGGUUGACCAAGUCAACAGGAGUUUCAUGAAGUGUUUAAACGUUUACAUUUGGCGUAUGGGGCUUUUUAAAAUGGUAGAGGCAGGAGGGUUUCCUAAUACACAGAGUUAGGCGCCCCUCCUCUUCCGUCAGCGCCUGAGUGUGAGGGAUUGAAUUCCCCUCAGUAGGGUUAUGCUGGGGGUUCUUUUGCUGUUGUUACUCUCAGCACAGACGCACGUUUCUGCAGCAGUGAGCUCCUGUUCCCUGUGCUUAGAGAAGUCAGCCUAGGGACCAGAUGGUUCUCUCCUCCUCCCUGCCCCAGCCUUGGCCCUCGGCAGCCUGGAUGCCAGUGACACACAGGCACUGUGUCAUACCCGGGUCCCUCUGCCAGUGUGGGUCGCUGUUGCUGUUCCUGGCCAGCACUAGCUCGUGCUGGAGGUGGGGGCUCUCUGGUGCCCUGGCCCAGUCUCAGGCUUAGGCAGGCCUGGGGCACCUGGGGGGGGGAAUCCCCCUCUUGGCAUCCCUACCCCACUCCCAUGUCAACCAAGCUUCCCCCUGUCCCUGAGGUGUCCACCUCUCCCUCUGACUGCAGAGGCCACGGCUUGAUGACAGUCUAGGAUUCUGGGCCCACAGGAUUUCCUGGCCUUCCACAGGCAGAGGUUUUACUCCUGACCCUCCUACAGAGCAGGUGAUUUGCCUGGUCCCCGGGGGUGAGAGGGGUUCCACCUACCUCAGUGGUUUAAAGCUUUUGCUCCCUCCCAGGUGUGCGUAGUUUCAUGCCUUAGCCAAAGCAGGUCCCUGCCUGCAUCCCUAAGCCACCAAGGGAGGCUCUCCCUAGCCUUCUGAGUCCCGCCCCAGGCUCUCUCACAGGCGCCUGGGAAGCGCCAUGGACAGAGCUUGGGGUGAGUGAAAAACUCUCCAUGGUGAGAGCUCCCGGCUACUCCAGACUCAUGUGCCAGCCGCACUUGGCCUGUAGAAUGUGUGAGCAGUUUUAGCCGCUUCUUCUGCCUCGCUUGGCACAUCUCACGCUCAGGUCUUGGCCAAGGUGAAACAACUGGCGGCCCCGCCUUUCCUCAGAGGGCUUGUCACUCUGAAAUUCCAUUUACCUUAUUGUCUUUGACCUCAGGUCUUGGAUGGGCUCCAAAAUGGUGUGCUUUUUGCAGAUUAUUUGGCUUCUUCUUGUUAGGAAGGAAAUGAUACUCAGUUGUAGCUUUUGAUGUCCUAGGCGAAAAGUAGAAUCUCUCCCGUCAAUUUUUAUGGGCAUAUUUAUCUUGAAUAUUAAACUCAUCAAUAUCUCCAUUAUUUCUUCCAAACAAUGCAAGCAUUUAGAACAGUUUAACUCUUCACACUACUACCCCAUCCUGUUCAUGUAUUAUUCUGUUAAGAACUUGGUUUCUUUUUCUUUUUUUUUUUUUGAGACAGAGUCUCGCUCUUUCACCCAGGCUGGAGUGAAGUGACACAAUCUCGGCUCACCACAACCUCCACCUCCCGGAUUCAAGCGAUUCUCCUGCCUCAGCCUCCUGAGUAGCUGUGAUUACAGGCGCCCACCAUGCCCAGCUAAUUUUUGUAUUUUUAGUAGAGACGGGGUUUCACCAUGUUGGUCAGGCCAGUCUCAAACUCCUGACCUCAGGUGAUCCAUCCACCUUGGCUUCCCAAAGUGCUGGGAUUGCAGACGUGAGCCACCGCGCCUGGCCAGGAACUUGGUUUCUAGCUUGCUUUUUACCUACUGCAUAUCAGCCACGUUAUUAUUUAAUACACUCAGUGUUAAGUCAGAUAUCACCAUAUUCUCAUGAAUUCCAUUAUGCAUCUUUCCUCUUACCUCUUGGGCAGUUCUUAUUAAAUAGUUUUUCUUCUUUCUGAAACACAUACUUUGGAGUCUCGUACUCAAAGUGCGGUCCACAGACCAGUGGUGUCAGCCAUCGCCUGGAAGCUUGUUAGAAAUUCAGAAACUCAAGGCCCAGCCAGGACUGUAGGACCAGCGUCGGAGUUUAGCAACCCCAGGUGAUUCAUCUGCACAUGAGUGUUUGGGAAGCACUGGUCUAAAACAAGGUUGACCAAAUUUGCUUGAUAAUUGCAAUAACCUGGGGAAAUUGUUACAAAUCCAGAUGUUGGGUCCUGCCUCAGUUUGCCUGGGCUACAGUCACAAAAUGCUUAGGUGGCUUUAAUACAGAAAUGUAUUUUCUCACAAUUCUGGAGGCUGUGAAGUCCAAGUCUAGAUGCCAACUGAAUAAGACCCUCUUGUCAACAAAAACAGUCAAACUCUGUAAAAUAUUUGAAGAGAUUUAUUCUGAGCCAAAUAGCAUGGCUCUCGACAUAGCCCUGGGAGACCCUGAGAACACGUACCCUAGGUGGUUAGAUGACAGUUUGGUUUUAUACACUUGAGGGAGAUCUAAGACAUCAAUCAAUAUGUGUAAGAUGGACACUGGUUCGUCUGGAAAGGUGGGAGAACUCCAGGUAGGGGUUUCCAGGGCACAGGUAGAUUCCAAGGCUUUCUGGUUGCAGCUGGCUAGAGAGUUUACCCGAAGACUUGGAACCAAUUGAAGGGAAUGUCUGGGUUAAAACAAGGGAUUGUGGAGCCCACAGUCCUUAUUAUUCAGGUGAAAUUCCCAGGUGCAGGCUUCAGAGAAAGUAGUCUGUGGUUCUUAUCAGACUUCGUCAUAAGACUCUCAGGCCUAAGGUCUCUGGUUUCAUUUGCUUUUGAGACAGGGUCUCACUCUGUCACUCAGGCUGGAGUGCAGUGGUGCAAUCACGGUUCACUGCAGCCUUGACCUCCUGAGCUCAAGUGAUCCUCCCAUCUCAGCUGCCCAUGCAGCUGGGGCCACAGGCAUGCACCACCACACCUGGCUACUUUUUUCUAUUUUUUGUAGAGCUGCAUCUCACUGUGUUGCCCAGGCUGGUCUCGAACUCCUGGGCUCAAGCAGUCCUCCCACCUCAGCCUCCCAAACUGCUGGGAUCAUAGGUGUGAGCCAUUGUGCCUGGCAAGUGUCUGUUUUAAGGUGAAUGCUGGUCAACUGUCCCUGAAUUCCAAAGGGAGGGGCCAUAAGGAGCCCCCACUUCCCAUUAUAGCCUGAAUUAGUUUUUCAGGUUAACUUUGGAAUGCCAAAGUAAUGGAGGGGAGGCUCCAUCAGCCACUUGGGAGGUAUAGUUUAUUUCUGGUUUACACUCUCUUCCCACAGGCCCCACACUUCUUUAAAUUUUAUUUUGUUGUUUAAAAAUGUGUUUCCACUUCAACAUGCUGGUCUGCCAAAUGGCCACCUUGUUGCUGCAUCCUUGCAUGGUGGAGAGAGACAGUGAGCUCCAGAAUUUCUCCCUCUUCCUGCGAAGGCACCAGCCUUGCUGGAUUAUGUUGCCCCCACCAGCCCUGCCCGUUGAGCUGGUAUUCAGACCUCCUCACAGACCCUGUCUCCAAACAGUCACAUGAGGGGUUAGAGCUUUAAACAUGAGGUCAGUCCAUAACUGGCCCCGAACAGAGUCAGACCUGGGAAUCUUGAAUGGCCCCCAAACAGAGUGAGCAGGAAUCUCGUAGGGUAAGACCUCUGAAUCCCACACACAUUCGGGCCCUUUCUUGUGACCAGACAAGUUGGGGGAGCCCUGCUUGAAAAUAAUCUAUCAGCAGUGAACUCUUAGCUCCUGUCCAUGUGAGGAUAACUUCAUUUGGCACGCAUCCUUCAGUGACAGUUUAAUUGGUUAAGUGAGUCUGGGCUGUUACUUUCUCUCAGUAUCUUGAAGGUUUAGCUUCCAGUUCUUAUGACUCCCCUUGCUGCUGUUUGGAAAUCUGCUGUCAGUCUAACUAUCAUUCCACUGUGGGGUAAACGCUCUUUCCUCCCUGAAUUUUUACCACGAGUUGUCUAACUGUGAAAUCAUUUGCAUUUAUUCUGCUGUGGAUUUGUUGUGAUUCCUGAAGCUGAGCACUGAUGACGUUUAUUGAUUUUAGAAAACUGUACCCAUUGUCUUCCUAGAUGUUCUGUCUCCCACGUCAUCUCGUUUCUCUCCUUGUACAAAACGUCCACUCCGUUUUCCCCACCGUCCUCCUGCCUUUCCACUUGCCUUUCAUCAUUUCCACCUCUGACUCUGUCCUGCAUUCCAGGUCAGUUCUUUAGAACUACAUUUCACUCCACUAAGUCUCCUGGUUUGUUACAUCUGCUGCUCAAUUCAGCCUUUUGAGUUCGUAGCAGUUUUUGUUUUUUAAAUCUCAACAACUAUUGGUUUUAUUUCUAGAAUUUACAACUUAUUCUUUUUCAAAUUGAUUUUUUAUUGUUCCUUGUUUCUGUUUUUGAUUUUUUUUUUUUUUUUUUGAGAUAGAGUCUUUGUCGCCCAAGCUAGAGUGCAGUGGUGCGAUCUUGAAUCACUGCAACCUCCACCUCCUGGAUUCAAGCGAUUCUCAUGCCUCAGCCUCCUGAGAAGCUGAGAUUGCAGGUCGUUGCCACCACACCUGGCUAAUUUUUGUAUUUUUUAGUAGAGACAGGGUUUCACCAUGUUGCCCAGGCUGGUCUCAAACUCUGGACCUCGAGUAAUCUGCCCGCCUUGGCCUCUCAAAGUGCUAGGAUUACAGGCAUGAGCCACCACACCCGGCCUUGUUUUGAUUAUUUUUAAAGUAUUUCAGACAUACUUAUUUUAUUUUAGCAACUGGGGCCUAAAAACCAGCCCAACACUCACUGGUGUAAAGCAAUGAUUCAUUGUGAGGCACCUCCACUGUUAGGCCGGGCUCAGCUGGGGUGCUCUGUCCGUGUCAAUUUCAUCCUCCUACUGGAGCCAGCAAGCCUGCCUGUGCAGACCCUCUCCUGGCAGUGAAAGAAAUCCAAAGGACAGAUGAAAACAUGCAGGGCCUCUUAGGACCCAGGCUCAGGAUGGGAACACUGUCCUUUCCACCUCAUUCUGUGGCUGAAGCAAGUCACAUGGGGCACCACAGUCACAAGACAGAAGAAAAAAUAUCCUUUGCCCCUUUUGUGGGAGCAACUGUGGAGCGACGUGGCCAAGGCACAGAUGCAGAGAGGGGUCAGGCCCCAGGGCCCGUGGCACUAUGCCUUCCACACAUUCUGGCUCAGAUCGUUCCUCAAGGGCAAUCUUUUGGGUUCUAGUUUUGCUGUUUGUUGUCUCUCACUAAUGUAAGAUUUUCUUUUUAGAAAAUGUAAACACAUAUUCAGAUUGGCUUUAUUGGUGGCACUCCUGAGUUACUUGGGUGAGAAAUGUUUCCUCUGGAGAAUAUGUGUUUGUUUCUACCAGGAACCUUGGGACACGACCAGCCUGGAGUUUCUUUAAAUUGGCUUCUCAGAAAAAGGUUUCCUUGGCCACACAGUUCCGUAAAUUCAUACCCGACAACUGCAUGGCAGCCAGUCUGCAAUCACUCACUCUCAGGGGAGGGUGUUUCUCCACUCUGUGAAGUUCUUGUGGCUUUUCCUUCUGAAAGAGGGAUUGAGAAGAGAGGAGAAAUUUUAAAAUGUAAAUUAUUUAAAUCAAGGUUGUUUUAAUCCAUAUGUUUUGCUCUAAAGGAAACCUGAGACUGAGAAAUUUACAGAGAAAAGGGGUUGAUUCGGCUCACGGUUCUGCAGGCUGCUCAGGAAGCACAGCUCCCAUCUACCUCAGGCUGCCGCAUUCACGGUGGGAGGUGAAGGGGAGCCCCCGUGUGCAGAUCAUACUUCAUGGCUCCCGUCUACCUCAGGCUGCCGCAUUCACGGUGGGAGGUGAAGGGGAGCCCCUGUGUGCAGAUCAUACUUCAGGAGAGAGAGAGAGAGAAAGAGAGAGAGAGACAGAAGAGGUGCCGGGCUCUUUUCAAGCCGUCCAGUGGACUCAAAUACCUCCCGCCAGGCCCCACCCCCAACAUUGGGUCUCACAUUUCAACAUGAGACUCCGUGGGGCAAAAUACACCAUAUCCGAACCAUGGCAGGGGUGUUAUUCAAAUCAAGGAAUUCGGAAAGCUUUAGGAAAACUAAAUGUUCAGAGGAGAUGUCAAAGAUAGUUUUUAAAAUGCACAAAGCGUAUGUAAAAAUGAGUGGCCUAUUACAGAAGUUAUCCAUGCAAAUAGAAAAGAAUAAGAAGACCCUGUGUCAAUGGAGCAUUAAGGAAAGCUGCUCCCUUUUGGAAUUAUGAAAAAGAAAAAUAUGCUUUUGGAGAGUUUGUUGAUGGUGUUUCCAGUGAUCAUAGUCAGCAUGAGGGUGAGACUUUGUGUCUUCUCAGCCGUUGUGUCAGAGGGUCUCACUGUUUCUGCCGAUUCUCUUAGAAGAACAGAGAUGUUGAACACCAGUAUGGAGUCUGGAGGUCCAAACCCUGCCAUUCCCGGUAGGAAAGUGACCUUGGGUGUAUGAUCUUGCCUCCCCAACUGGUUUCCCAAGAAAAGUAGAGGUGGGCAACCUCACAAGCUUCUUUUUUGCUUUUGUUUUUGAGAUGGAGACUUGCUCUGUUGCCCAGGCUGGAGUGCAAUGAUGCCAUCUUGGCUCACUGCAACCUCUGCCCCCCAGAUUCAAAUAAUUCUUCCACCUCAGCCUUCCAAGUAGCUGGGAUUACAGGCGUGUGCCAGGCUAAUUUUUUAAUUUUUAGUAGAGACAGGGUUUCACCAUGUUGGUCAGGCUGGUCUGGAACUCCUGGCCUCAAGUGAUCUGCCCACCUUGUGUUGAUUAAAUGAGACACUGUAAGUCAAGGGUAAAAACAUGCCUAGCUCAUCUAACUCCGUGUUGAAAACAUUCCCGCAGGAGCCCACUGCAUCCUCAGGCAGCCCCUGAUCUGCAGCAUCUGGUGAAUUUCCAUGGGGGUUCCCCCCAACAAGGUCAGGGGAAAUCCCAUGUUGGGAGUGCAGCGGGGGCAGCAGAGGGGGAUGCAGGCAUGAAGGAGGCACCAACUUGCCUCUUUAGUUAUCCAAAUUUGCUCUGGAUACAUCUGACUAGAUGGGAAAGAAAGAACUCGAGGCACUGUUUGGGUCAGGGUCUCCAAUCACACUUUGGUGCUCCCUCUUUAACCUUCCCCAUAUGCCUCAUUCCUGCCCACCAAUCUGGUCUUCCCACCGUUUUUGUGUCCCUUCUGAGUGAUGACCUUUUCGCAUCGGUUGCAGUACACAUCUGGUAGAGACAAAUGCUCUCGGCUUCAGUCUAAAAUGCCUUUAUUUCACUUUCACUUUUGAAAUAUGUUUUUGCUAUAUAUAGAAUUCUAAGCUGCUAGUGUAUUUUUUUUUUCAAGCACUUAAAGAGCUCAUUCCAUCAUCUUCUGGCCUUCAUUGUUUCUGAUGAGAAGUUGCCAUCAUUCUUACUGUUGUUCCCCUGAAUAUGUCUUUUUUUCCCCCUCUGCUUUUUCUUUUUCUUUUUUGAGCUAGGGUCUCACUCUGUUGCCCAGGCUGGAGUGCAAUGGCAUAAUCACAGCUUACUGGAACAUCCCCCUCUCAGACUCAAGCAAUCCUCCCACCUCAGCCUCCCAAAUAGCUGGGACCACAGGUGUGCACCAACAUGCCCAGCUAAUUUUUGUAUUGUAUUUUUUUUGUAGAGGUGAGGUUUCUUCAUGUUGCCCAUGCUGGUCUCAAACUCCUGGACUCAAAGAAUCCACCUACCUCAGCCUUCCAAAGUGCUGGAAUUCAUGUAUGAGCUACCAUGCCCUGCUCCACUGACUGCUUUUAAGUAUUUCUUGAAGUUUUUAAUUAUGAAUUUCUCUUUAUCUUUAGUCCUCCACAGUUUGGCCAUGAUGCUGCUGGGUAUGCUUUUCUUUGUAUUUUUCCAGCUUGGGAUACACUGCACUUCUUGGAGUAGAUUUAUAUCUUUUACCAACUUUCAAGAUUUCUUGGCCAUUAUCUCUUCAAAGAUUGUUCUCUGGGACUCUAGUUACAUAUAUGUUAAGCCAUUUAAUGUUGUCCUACAGGUCUGAGAUCCUCUGUUCAGGUUUCCUUCAGUAAUGUUUCAAAAAUGUAGAACAAUUUUAGAUUUGCAGAAGCAUUGCAAAGAUAGUACAGAAAUUCCUACACACCCCGCACCUAGUCUCCCCUAUUAUUUGCAUCUUGCAUUAGCAUGAUAUAUUCACCACAAGUAAUAAACCAAUAGUGAGAGAUUGCUAUUAAUUAAUGUUCUUACUCAAUUCAGAUUUUCCGGUUAAUGUUCUUACUCAAUUCAGAUUUUCCGGUUUUCCCCUCAUGCCUUCUUACUGUCACAGGAUCGUACCCAGAACACCACAUCCUCUCAGGCUCCUCGUGGCUGUGAUGGUGUCUCAGACUUUCUUUGUUUUCCUUUGUUUUUGUUUUUAUGAUCUUGUCCGUCUUGAGGGUGACUGCUCAGGUGGAAUGACCCUCAGCUGGAAUUAGUCUAAUGGUCUUCUCGUGAUUGGACUGGGGUAACUCAUGUUGGAGAGGAAGGCCACAGGUCACAGGUGCACACCCUCGAUGACUUGACUUCUCACUGUUGAUGUGAACCUUAAUUGCCUGGCUGGAGAUGGUGUCUGGUUUCUGUACUGAAUGUUACUUUUUUCCCUUCUUUUUCAUAGUGCAGUCUUGGAAAGGGAGUCACUGUGUGCAGUGAGCAUAACUCCACACCUGAGGAGCAGGCAGUUAGCUCCACAUCCUUAGAGGCAGGGGAUCCACAUAAAGCAUUUGGAAUUCUUCUGUAUGAGAGAUUUGUCUGUUCUCCCUCAUUUAUUUAUUUGCUCAAUGAUUUGUGAAUAAUUUAUUUUAUACUUUGCAUUAUAAUCCACUACUAUGUUGCGUUGCUCAAAUUGUUCCAACUCUGGCCACUGGGAGUUGUCAGCUGCUCUCUGACCUUCUGUGUAUCCCCAUUACUGUGACUUUGGGGUGAGUUUUGGGGAGGGAGACCUUUCUUGUUUUUUGACACUUCCACACGUCCCAAGCUCAUUCCGUAUGUUUCCUGCCCUCGUUGUAUAAUCGACCAUUUUCCAAGGAGCCCAUUUUACCGGAUAAUGGUAUCAGAAACCAAGAGCCUCUAGGAUAAGGUGGUGUCUAAAAAACGAACACACAGAAACCCAGGGCCAGGUCCUACUCACUGCUCAUCACUAGUCCCUGGUCGUUGCUGCUCCUGGCCUAGCUCACCUGGCAGAGCACAGGAAUGUGUUUGUAUCUAUGACUCCAUCUAGACACUCAUCUCUAUAAAUAUUUCUAUAUGCACCAUCUGCCUCUAUAUUAAGCCAAAAAUGAGCUCACACUGAUGUCUCUGCCACCACAUGGACCCUUCCAACCUCUUUCCUUUCCUUGUCUGUAACUUCUCACUGCAGCAGCAACCAGCCCAGCCACCUGCUAUCCACUUACUUUUUCCAUUACAAUACACACGAGUAGUGGUUUCAGAAUUAGGCUGGGAUCCCAUGAAGAACAGCCCUAACACCCAGAGGACAGCACUUACCUACAGUUUCUUUGGCCUUUAGUCUCACAGACUCUACUCGUUUCUAGUUACUUAGGUCAGCACUUGACUCCCCUAUUCAUUUCAAUGAGACUGUUUUACACGUCUGUCACACACCUCGAGUCUCGUUCUGCAUUUCACCCUGGGAUCUCCUGUCUACAUGAUUCUUUAAUUUGCAUACAGUAAGGUUUACUCUUUGUGCUAUAAAGUUAUGUGGGUUUUAACAAAUGCAUUCACCAUUCACCAUCAUGGUAUCAUACAGAAUAAUUUCACUGCCCCCAAAAAGCCCCUUUCCUUUAUCUAUUCAACAUCCAUUGCCCCGAACUCCUAGCAGCCACGAUUCACCAUCUCUCAUCUAAAGUUUUGUUUUUCCAGAGUGUCACAUAAUUGGAAUCAGACAGUGUGUAGCUCAUGGUAUUUUUUUGGUUUUUGAUUUUUUGGGUUUUUUUUCCUUGGGAAACACCCCUCUAUUUCUCUAUACCUUUUAUUCUGAAGUUGCAAGACUGAAAUAAAAUUCUUGCCUUUCCCACUUAACAGAGGCCCAUGUUUUGGGCAUCAGCUGAUGGAUGUCAUGUAUGUGCAUGUACUGUGAAAUGAUAAGCUAUUAGACGUGUGUCAGCCCCAAAAUGGGGGCACCACACUUACAGUAUGCCCACAGGACAGGCUUGUCAGGGCUGUCUCAUACACUCACACAUUUACUUGGCUAGUUGAGUAGCGGAGAUGCACCAGGUCCUGUUUUAUCCAGUGUGUGACCCCUGCUCUGCUCUCCAUGUGACUGGAGCCCCAGGUCUGGCUGGUUCUCGGCCGCUCAUUCUACUUACUGCAUUUCAGAACUUCACUUGUUUGUUUGUUUGAUUUUUGUUUUUGUAGUUUCUUUCUUUUUUUUUUAAAUUGCAUUUUAGGUUUUGGGGGUUUUGGGGGUUUUUUAGACAGGGUCUUACUCUGCCUCCCAGGCUGGAAUGCAGUGAUGCAAUCUUAGCUCACUGCAGCCUCAACCUCCUGGGCUCAAGCAAUCCUCCCACCUCAGCCUCCUGAGUAGCUGGAACUACAGACGUGUCCUGCCAUGCUUGAACGGCCUUGCCUGGCAUGUCUGCCCCUCCUCGUGCUUUGAUUCCAGAAGCAGAGCAGCCACAGGCCUCUCCUCUCCUGGGAUGGCCUCGUUCCUCUCUGGGAUUCAAUUCAUUCUGGUUUCUCCAUGUCCUCGGCACUCGUGGGUUUCUAAAUGUGCCCGUGUUGUAGCUUCUCCAGCUCUCACGGGUAGGGUGGGGGCCACAGUCAAUUUCAACUUGCCACAUCCCAAUCAGAAGCAGAAAGCACUUGCCGUCCUUGUCACCACUUUGGUCGGAGGUCAAAUGUCCUUCCGAUCCACUCUUGCUGAGGAGGGGGCCUCUGGUGUCCACAGUCAGGCUCUGGUCCGCAGGCUCUGGGUUGCCGACACUGGCAACCCCACGGGGCAGCCGUGUCUUCCACUGGCACACACCUCCUUUCUGUUGCUGGCCUGGGGUUCCUUUGCUCUGAAGCUCAGCCCUGCCCAUCAGCACUUUGCCUCCAUGUCUGCAGCACUUUCUACGUUUCCAUCUGGUGGGUGGGGUCGGUGGCUCCUUGAGAGCUGGGCUGUGCUGGGCUCACAUCUGAACUCCAGUGCCCAGCAUGUGGCCUGGUUCACAGCCAUCGUCCAAUGCUGGGUUAAUGGUCCUUCGAGUGGCCAAGCCCCCAAGGGGCUGAUAUUUUUGUAGCUUCUAGCACUCUCUCUGCAGUCUCUGCCCAGGGCUAGCCCAGAUUUGAGGCCUGCCAACAGCCCUGACCUGAACGAGCCCUGUUCCCUCCUUCCACUCAGUCUUCUGCAUGCCUCACUGCUGGGGAAAUUCAGCCCCAAGCCGGGUCUGAAGGUAGCCAGACCUGGCUUAUCAACUUUCUGAACCUGGGGUCCCUCCUCUCCCCGGCCCUCCGUCCUCUCCCACACCUCUCUCCAGGCAGAUAACAGCCAUCCCAGGAGCCCCCGGUGCUGACCAGGGAAACAGCUGCCACAACUUGCUAGCCGGCUGUGCUCCUUAGAGGAGGAGAGGACCUUUGUAAAACGAAAAGCCCGAGGGAUCCCAGAGUCCCAGGAGGGGAGCGAGGUCUGCACCACCCCUGGCUGUGUGAUGGCAGCCGCCAGGAUCCUCCAGAACAUGGACCCGACCAUGGAACCGUGUGAUGACUUCUACCAGUUCGCAUGCGGAGGCUGGCUGCGGCACCACGUGAUCCCCGAGACCAACUCAAGAUACAGCAUCUUCGACAUCCUCCGCGACCAGGUGGAGGUCAUCCUCAAAGUGGUGCUAGAGAAUUCCACGGCCAAGGACCGGCCGGCUGUGGAGAAGGCCAAGAUGCUGUACCGCUCCUGCAUGAACGAGAAUGUGAUAGAGAGGCGAGGCUCUCAGCCCCUGCUCGACACCUUGGAGGUGGUGGGAGGCUGGCCAGUGGCCAUGGACAAGUGGAACGAGACCACAGGCCUCAAGUGGGAGCUGGAGCGGCAGCUGGCGUUGAUGAACUCACAGUUCAACAGGCGCGUCCUCAUCGACCUCUUCGUCUGGAACGACGACCAGAACUCCAGCCGGCAUGUCAUCUACAUAGACCAGCCCACCUUGGGCAUGCCGUCCCGAGACUACUACUUCAGCGGCGGUAGAGACCGGAAGGUUCGGGAAGCAUACCUGCAGCUCAUGGUGUCAGUGGCCACGAUGCUGCGGGAGGACGAGAACCUUCCCAGGGACAGCCGCCGGGUGCAGGAGGACAUGGCGCAGGUGCUGCAGCUGGAGACGCAGCUGGCCAAGGCCACAGCACCCCAGGAGGAGAGGCACGAUGUCAUCGCCCUCUACCAUCGGAUGGGCCUGAAGGAGCUGCAAAGCCAGUUUGGCUUGAAGGGAUUUAACUGGACUCUCUUUAUACAAACCGUGCUGUCCUCUGUGAACGUCAAGCUGCUGCCAGAUGAGGAAGUGGUGGUGUACGGCGUCCCCUACCUGCAGAACCUUGAAAGCAUCCUCGACACCUACUCAGCCAGGACCAUACAGAACUACCUGGCCUGGCGCCUGGUGCUGGACCGCAUUGGCAGCCUGAGUCAGAGGUUCAAAGACACACGAGUGAACUACCGCAGGGCACUGUUCGGCACGAUGGUGGAGGAGGUGCGCUGGCGUGAGUGUGUAGGCUACGUCAACAGCAACAUGGAAAGCGCCGUGGGCUCACUCUACGUCAGGGAGGCCUUCCCCAGAGACAGCAAGAGCAUGGUCAGAGAACUCGUUGGCAAGGUGCGGGCAGUGUUUGUGGAGACUCUGGAUGAGCUGAGCUGGAUGGACGAGGAGUCCAAGGAGAAGGCACGAGAGAAGGCCAUGAGCAUCCAGGAGCAGAUUGGCCACCCUGACUACAUCCUGGAGGAGAGGAACAGGCGCCUGGACGAGGAGUACUCCAACCUGAACUUCUCGGAGGACCUGUACUUUGAGAACGGUCUGCAGAACCUCAAGGUGGGCGCCCAGCGGGGCCUCAGGAAGCUUCGGGAAAAGGCGGACCCAAAUCUGUGGAUCAUCGGGGCGGCCGUGGUCAAUGCGUUCUACUCCCCAAACCGAAACCAGAUCGUGUUCCCUGCCGGGAUCCUCCAGCCCCCCUUGUUCAGCGAGGAGCAGCCGCAGGCCUUGAACUUCGGAGGCAUUGGGACGGUGAUUGGACACGAGAUCACCCACGGCUUCGACAACAGCGGCCGGAACUUCGACAAGAACGGCAACAUGAUGGACUGGUGGAGUAACUUCUCCAGCCAGCACUUCUGGGAGCAGUCGGAGUGCAUGAUCUACCAGUACGGCAACUACUCCUGGGACCUAGCGGAGGGGCAGAACGUGAACGGAUUCAACACCCUUGGGGAAAACAUUGCGGACAAUGGAGGAGUGCGGCAAGCCUAUCAGGCCUACCUCAAGUGGAUGGCAGAGGGUGGCAAGGACCAGCAGCUGCCCGGCCUAGCUCUCACCCACGAGCAGCUCUUCUUCAUCAACUACGCCCAGGUAUGGUGUGGGUCCUACCGGCCCGAGUUUGCCAUCCAGUCCAUCAAGACGGACGUCCACAGUCCCCUAAAAUACAGGGUUCUGGGCUCGCUGCAGAACCUGGCCGCCUUCGCAGACACAUUCCACUGCACCCAGGGCACCCCCAUGCACCCCAAGGAGCGAUGCCGCGUGUGGUAGCCAAGGCCCAGCCGCACUGCGUGGCCCACGCCCACCCGCUGCUUGGAGGCCUGUGUGGAGAACGUGCAGCCAGCGGAGACCCAGCAGAUGCCCCGCCCCAGCUGGCCAUGUCAAACCUGCCUGCCAGGUAUCUGCGCCUGGCCUCCAGUGCGGCCACCUGCCUGACACCCAGGGAUGAACAGUGUCCGGUACAGUGGCAGCCCAGAGCCCCCUCCACAGACACUCUCAGGGCUCAGCGCCCCACCACAACCCUACAAAGACUGUGUCCUGCCCACCCUCCAAAGCGCAGUCUCCCAGUGUCCACAGCUUCAGACUUGAGCUAAGUAAAUGCUUCAAAGAAA